AUGGACAGCACAGAAGUGAGUCCUUCACUCCUGGCCAACGCAAAAUCAGCGUACAGAAACGGGCUGUAUUCUAGCGAGGACAGCUCUUCUUAUGAAGGACUAAAGAGGAAGUCUGCGGAUUCGGAACACUUCGUUGUGAAACGGGGGCGAUUCAUGCCUUCCGGGUCGGAGAUAUACUCGCCAGGCUCUCUUAAUUCCGCCUCAGUCAGCGAUAUUUUUCAAACCGCCUUUAAAUGUGAUUGCUGUGACCGGAUUUUUUCUAAUAGGGAUUCCUAUGCCAUGCACGUUAUGAUGCGCGUGAAAAACGACGCUUGCAAACAGCAAAGUGAAGUAUCCAAUGGAGAAAAAGAACAAUGGAGAAAACUUGGAGAGAGGGCCAGAGUAGAAAAACAAGUUAAGGGAGACCUCCCAAGUCCUAAGCCCGACGUUUUGACGGCUGAUCUUAACAAAGCUUCUUACAUUGAUGUAACAAAUUCUACCGAAAAAGACGAAUAUCUUCAAUCUUUUCUUGAACAAUCCGUUGAAAGACUCUGCAAUCAGAAUAUGGCUUUGUUAUUGAAAGACUCAAGAAAAUGCAUGAUAUGUCACGAAGUUUGCGCAGAUAAAGAUGCCCUUGCUAUGCACGUUAUGUCCCAUCAUACCAAUGGACUGUCCGCAUUUUCGACUCAAAACAGGCACACUGACGAUAAAAUCAGCCCUUUGUCCAUGCGCAUGCCUGCUUCUUUUGUGCGACUGAUGCAAGGCUCAACUACGGAGGAAAAGAAAUCAACAAAAGCAGCCCAGAAGAAACUUUGGUGUGAGUUUUGUAAAAUAGAUUUUGUCGACCACGACUCCUUGGCAAUGCAUAUAUUGAAUCAUACUUUAUCUGAAGUAAAUGAAAAAGAAAAAAGAGAAGGCUCACCCAUGAUAAAAGCAUCACCGCAGUUUAACAUUUGGGAGGCAUCGAGGAAAUUCGCUUCUUACAAUGAGCUCCCAGAUUCGCCGUUAGAUCUGGUGAGAAAAAGAGAAGCCUUGCCAUCAAGCGCCUUUCAAAAAAGAAACGAAAGAAAUGAACAUUUCGCAGACACAAAACAGAAAAUGAUAGCAAAUGAACACGAAGAAGCAUCGGUGAAAAUAACCGAUUAUCCCGCAAGUCCUCGUCAAAUUCAAAGGUGCGCAAGCGUCCCGGACAUGAGGCAAACAAUCCCAGAAGUCCCUGGUCGACCGGCUUCCGCGGAAGGAAUAGGAAAGAGGUAUGAAUAUGUUCUAGACGACGCAUCCAUAGAAUGUGUCUCGAAAGAGAAAUCCACGAAAGAAUCUCCUACCGACCUGUCCAAGCCCAAAGAAGCCGCGAAACCAGAGGAGCUUGUAGAGAAACGAUCGCUCGCAGAAGUUCAUCCUGAAAACGACAAGAGACCGUCGUCUGCUGUGAUGGAAGAAUUCGGCAACCCACACGAGCUUUUCAAGCACCUUAAUAAACCGGUUUAUUUUUGUCGGUUCUGUGACAUCAUUUUUCUAAACCGAACGACAUUUUAUUUGCACAAAGGUCUCCACAACGUGAACAACCCAUGGCAGUGCAACAUGUGUGGACAGACAUUUAGUGACGUGCACGAUUUCUCAGCCCACGUCAUACACCCAUAA